AUGGGUAGCACACUUUCGGCUUGGAAAGAGGACUUGGUGAAUGCAUGUGACUAUGUUAUGGAUGAAAAAAUUGUAAAAAUGCCCGAAGUUCUACAAGAUGAACGCUAUAUUCAAUGGUGCUUGUAUGAAAGAUGGCGGAAGAAACGCAAAGGCACUUCGAAAUACGUGCGCAUGCAAUGCCCGCUAGCCAGCGUACAACAGUUCUCGAAAGCAGGUCAGGAUAUCAGUGGCGGUCCCAGAGCAGUGGAUUUUGCUAUAUUCAACACAAGCAAAGACUCUCCUCAUGAUAUCGACACAGUGCCCGCGGUAUGUGUGGAACUGAGUCUCGCCAAGAUGAAAAAUGAGACUUCCUCACAGUUCCGUGAAAGAUGUUUGAAAGAUAUCUUCAGAUUAGCUUAUCUACGCCAUCAUUUCAAAACUGAGAAGGCAUAUUUUGUUAUGUAAGUAUGGAAAUCACAUUUUUGUUUUGGUAGCAGUAGCCUGAUGUAAGAUUGGUUUACACUAUCAAAGUUUCUGUGAUCACAGUGUUUUAACAAAGAGUCCGUUCCGUCAAAUAUUUCUUAUAAAUCCUUCAAGAAUUUACAUAUGCAAAAUCUCCUAAUACUUUGACAGUAUAAAUCAGGCGGUACAGCAGGACAUCAGAUCCGUCAAGAUGCAUCCUGGCUUGAAUUUUAGGUCUCAAUAAUUUCCUUUUCAAAUCUCUUUUGCCAGGUUUGGGACUGAAAACCAAUUGUUCCAAGUCACGGAAUCGUUGAAAAUGUUGAAAGGAAAAGAAAGCAAGUUAAAAUGGAAAGACCUGGAAGAGCUUGGCGCUGAGGAGGAAUUGAGGAAGAAUCUUGACUGCACGUGCCAAUCAUGCGGUCGCUUGGAAAUGUCAUGCUUGAAAAGCGUGGUCCCUAAAUUGAAGAUUGUUCACGAGAGAGUGGUGAUGCACAAGGCAUAUUGGUGCAAGAUCUGGGAGGUUGAUGCACCGCCCAAAAGAUAA